ACAUUAGAAAGUUAACCAAUAAUUAGUGAGAAGUGUGUACUUGUUCGUUUCAAAUAAAAUGUUUCGCGUUUUUCGUGAUUACCGAAGGCAGUACAGUACGUUGAAGAAAAUUUCAGAUCGCGUAAUAAUCAGCGAAGAGGUUCAACAUGCACUCGCAAAGAGAUUACCUGUUGUUGCAUUGGAAUCGACGAUUAUAACGCAUGGAAUGCCAUUCCCAAAAAAUGUUGAAUGUGCUCUUAGCGUUGAAGCUCAAGUUCGAGAAAUGGGUGUAAUUCCAGCAACUAUAGCCAUUUUAAAAGGAAUAAUAAGGAUCGGUUUGAGCCAUGAGGAUAUUUCAUUUAUUGGAGAUGUAGUGAAGAAUCCUUCAAUUAAGACCUCUCGACGUGAUUUUGCUUAUGUCAUUGGUAACAAAUUGAAUGGCGGUACAACAGUUUCGGGUACUCUAUUCUCAGCGAAUAUUGUCGGUAUUCCAAUUUUUGCUACCGGCGGAAUCGGCGGAGUUCACAGAUCUGCGGAAAUCACGAUGGACGUAUCUGCAGAUCUGAUGGAAAUGGGAAGGACGCCCAUGGCUGUCGUUUCCAGUGGCGUGAAAUCGAUAUUGGAUAUUCCGAAAACUUUAGAAUAUUUGGAAACUCAGGGUGUAUUCGUUGCAACGUACGGUCCGACAAAACGAUUUCCUGCCUUCUACGCCACGGAAAGCGGAUGUGAGGCUCCUUACAGCGUGUCCUCGGCUGCCGAAGCAGCUUUAGUUAUAGAGAGCAACAGGGAAAUGAAUUUAAAUUCCGGUAUGCUGUUCGCAGUUCCGGUUCCAGCAGAGUGUUCUAUGGAUGGAACGGAAAUCGAGGCGGCAAUCGAAGAUGCUCUCGCGCUGGCAAAACAAAAGGAUGUGUCUGGAAAAGAUAUCACCCCUUUCCUGUUAUCCUAUCUAGCUAAAGCGACCAAUGGUAGAUCGCUCGAAUCGAAUAUUGCGCUCGUGAGGAAUAAUGCAAAAGUUGCCGCGGAAAUUGCGAUAGCCUUGAGUGAUUUGGAGAGGGAAAAAUCGAGACCAGUGGGAUCCAGUGAUGUGGUAGGUUUAAUGAUCUAAUCUGUUUUUCAAUAAUUACAUAACAGGCGGAUACGUUUGCGCGGUUAUUAAAACCCCCACAGUAUACUUGAUUAAGUCUUUCCUUUAUUGAGUUUAGUUGCCACUGACGAACAAAUAUAUUUGAACCACUUUUUCUCAAAUCUCAAAACAAUACAAGAA